AUGAAUAUCGGUCGAAUGGCAGUAGUCGCGUUUCUGCAGUGUUUUUUGGUUGUCUGUCCCAUCCUCAGUGCACCAAGCUUUUACCAUGCGACACCAGAACCGUUAAACGUUGUUGGGCUCCACCCUUCGACGAGCUCUAUGGACCCGGCAAAGGAGCUGAGUUCGGGUUUGAAAACUGGCCAUGUCGAGGAUCCGGGAGUUGUCAGAGGCCCAACGGCCGUUCAGACAAGCCAUCUGGAAGAAAACUCUCCCUCGAAGCAUUCGAAAGACGUCGCAGAGGCUUACAGACCUCACGAUCUUAACACCUCCCCUCCCAAAAAACCGACUGGCAAAUGGAAGGGUCGAUUGCUGCGGCCUUUCAAGGCUCUCUCUGCAUUCUUCAAAAAAAUCAAGACCAAGAUCUCAUCCUCCACAUCGAAGCUUCGUCGGAAAAUCUCCGACAAAUUGGACAGUCCGGGGAUGCAAAAAUUCUCGCUGCUUGUGGAUUGUCUCACCCUGGCCAUGUUGAUCCAUAAACUAUAAUAUGCGGAUUAUCAAUAAUA